AUGCAAGCUUCCCUUAUCAGCUUCAUGGCUCAGCUUCGGUGUGUUCUCUGCAACCGCUCUACUAUUCCCUGCUAUAUCAACAAUUAAGCCUUACCCGUGUUGGGCUUCAUUCUUUUCGGACCGUCGGUAAAGACAUUGUAUUGUAGAAUAGAGUUUUCAGCUUCUUCAGAUAAGGGGUCGUCGCUCCCGUCCAGCCCGUCUUCGGUGACUCAACUCUGCAACAUCGAGGCAACAGCUGACGGGGAAGUUGCACAGGACCUUGCACUUGCACACCGUACACACCACGCGUUGCAGGGUCAGCCACGACUACCCAGCAUCCAUUGAUAAGCCUCUCGUUCCUGCUACAUUUACUGGUUUACAUAUAUAGGUACAAUGCAUCUUGUACCAUAGAUCCCUAACCUUCAAUCGUUUCUUUUUCUAGAAGCUUUCCCUCCCACCCCAAACCUUCUCAUUUCACAUUGCACAACUCCAACCUCAAAAUCUCGAUUCUAGUCGACCGACGCGUCGCGCAUCGCCUUCGACCAUGGAGGUCAACGAUUCUCCCACCGGUACCCCUAAUUACCAGGGUAGCGGCGAUAACAUCAACGAGAAGCACAAUGAGAUGGCCGAUCAUGUCUACAGCAGCGAUCAUGGCGCCGAGACUGCGCUUCGUCGAACUCUCAGCACCCGUCACAUGACAAUGAUCGCCCUCGGUUCCAGUAUUGGUAUGGGUCUAUGGCUCGGCAGCGGUGAGUCCCUCGCGGAUGGCGGCCCUGCUGGUAUCUUUCUCGGUUACUGUCUUGCCGGUUCUAUGAUAUGGUGUGUCAGUCAUUCCAUCGGUGAAAUGGCCUGCAUGUACCCUCUCCCAUCGGCCUUCGUGCAAUGGACUGGCAAGUUUGUCGAUCCAGCCGCUGCCUUUGCCCUGGGUUGGUCUUACUGGUUCUCGUACUGUAUUACGAUCGCGAACGAACUACAAGCUACCAACACCGUCAUCAACUUCUGGACUUCCGCCGUCCCCGUCGCAGGAUGGAUCAGCAUCUGGUUCGUCGUCAUCGUGCUCAUCAACAUCGGCGCCGUCACCCUGUUUGGUGAGAUCGAGGUUGUCGCUAGCACUAUCAAGUUCGGCUGGAUCUUUGUCAUUAUCAUCUCCAUGAUAGUCAUGUCGGCUGGAGGCGCGGGAUACGGCCCGGUAGGGUUCCGAUACUGGAAUUCGGAGCCGUUCACCCACGGGUUCAAGGGCUUUCUCAAUGUGAUGCCUACCUGUAUCUUCGCCAUGUCCGGAUCCGAAAACUCGGGCCUCGUCGCCGCCGAGACGGCAAACCCGCGAAAGGCUAUCCCUCGCGCCGUCUCUUCCAUCUGGGUUCGCUUGUCGCUAUUCUACCUGAUCGGAUCCCUGAUGAUCACCAUCAACGUUGAUCCGCAUAAUGAGAAUCUGUUCGGUCAGUCAGGCACCAAUGCGUCCCCCUUCGUCAUCGCCUACCGCGACGCAGGUCUUCCCGCCUUGGCUCACAUUAUGAACGCCAUCAUUCUAAUUUCUGUCAUCUCGACCGGCUCCAUUUCAGGCUACGGCGGAUCGCGCACGACGAUGGGUCUAGCGCACCUCAAUAUGGCCCCGAAGCAAAUGCAGUACGCCGACCGGAUGGGCCGCCCAUGGUACGGUCUAGUACCGACCUUUGUUCUUGGCGGUGGCCUAGCCUACCUAGGUGUUAGCGAGUCGGGAUCGAACGUAUUCACAUGGUUCUCUAACCUAACCUCACUAUUCACGCUCUUCGGAUGGGGCAUGAUCUGUCUCUCGCACAUCCGCUUCCGUAUUACCUGGGCGCGACAAGGCCACACGCCUGAAGAGCUGCCGUGGAAGUCGUGGAUGUACCCUUGGGGAGCGUGGUGGGGGCUGAUUAUGUGCAUACUCCUGAUCAUUGUGGAGUUCUACCUCUCGGUCUGGCCGCUCGGCGAACCCUCCAGCGCCAAGAAUUUCUUCGCUAACUACGUCUCCAUCAUCCUCAUCAUCGUCAUGUGGCUCGGCGCCAGGGUCUACUACCGCGGUAGCUGGUGGGUCGAUAUCGACACCAUUAAUCUCGACGAGGGACGCAGGUUCUAUGCUACUGCUGAUGUUGAGAAGGUCGAAGCUAGGGGCGUCAAGGGGAUCGCGAAGAGGGCUAUUGGCGCGAUUCUUGAUUAGGCUGGUGAUCGAGUGAGGCGCAAGGUCACAGGAGUACAUCAAGGGGGGAACCUAUGAUUGGAGUGCUGGAGUUGUACAUGUCAGGCCUUACACUACAAACUGAAUAUUAAUUAAAAGAGUAGUAAAUUAAACUACAUUGUUGCA